UUCUAUGAAUAUGUCUUGUUCUGGAUCAAUGACCUUAGGUGACGGCACCAACUUCUUUUUCAUUCGCCUUGAUCCAUUCUUUGUAUCUGUCGAGUGACUUUUCUGUACUUGGAGAUCUCCGAACGACGGAUUGGAGGAAAUCUCCAGUCUGACAAGUUGCUCUGCUGUUCGCGGAUUUAGCGGGAUCUGAAUUUCGGGAAGCGCGCGAGGCGGGGGAGGCUGUGAUACUCGGAUGGGAUAAGGAAGGAACUCCUCGAUCUUCACUCCACCUUUUUCGCCACAUAUCGCGCACGCGACUGUUGCGGGAUUUGACAGGAUCGUCCGGGCCUACCAGCCAGUCACUUGGAAGCAACCCCAUAUAAGGCGCCGGACGGGGGUUUUUGAACAGUGCGCCCCCAUUUUCCUCCCCCUCUUCCUCAGAUUCAUCUGCUGCGUUCGCCAUCAUCCCCGCAUUGCUUCUCUGUGCUUGCUUUGCCGGCGACGAUGGUGAAGGAGAAGACGGCGGCUUUGGAGCGGGCUAAGAAGGCGACGGCGAGGGCGAAGGGAAGGGCGACCAGUCGGGGCGGAUCCUCGUCGCUGGCCGGUCUGCCGCAGUGCUGGAUCCAGGGCGGCUGGAUCCGUUCGACCAUCCGCCAAAAAGACCUCGACAACCUGGCCAAUGAAGGACUGAUCCCUCAUGGAUCAGCGAGGCUCCCGGGGAAGGAGUGGCAGCCGCAGCCUCAGGAGGGUGAGUGUGUCCUCUUAGCCACUCAUGUUGACCGCGGGUUUUCUUUGCCUCCCCACCCUUUCUUUCGGGGAUUUCUAAACUUCUUUGGGGCACAACUCCACCACUUCACACCCAACUCCAUCGUGUAUCUCGCUGCUUUUGUGUCCUUGUGUGAGAAUUUCUUGGGUUGCCGGCCGCAUUGGGGCCUUUUCGAACACAUUUUCACAUGUCGCUCCCAGACGGUGAAAAAGGCCAAUCCGAGUGACGAGAAAACCCGAGUGAUUUAGAUGUGUGGGGGUCUUGGGGUUCAAAUGAGGGGUAAAAGUGCUUUUCCAGCCAUGGUCCUUCCUGAGUCGGUCCGAGGGUGGCAGUCGACCUGGUUCUACUGCCAAGACCAGCCGAUGCCAGGGCAGUCAACUGGACUUCCUCCUUUCUCCAUGGAUCGAGUGAGCAAGCCGUCCUCUUUGAAGGUAGUCCCGGAGGAGAAGGCUUAGGUUAAGGUGCUGGUCGAGCGUGUAGUCCAGCUUAUCCGUGACGGGGUGACUGGCAUGGAUCUUUUGGAGGUUUUCCUUCGACGAUGCAUCCAGCCGCUUCAAUAUCAAGACCAUCCGAUGUGGAUGUAUUCUGGCACUGAAGACACCACUCGGGUCCACCCGGAGGAGGUCGAGGAUGCCACGCUGGAGAGGUGGAUGACUGCCAUCACAGGGAACAAGGACAACCCCCGAGGAGCCAGGAGGAUCCCUCCACUCUACCAAUCAUACGAGCCAGACAAGGUCACUACCGAUAUGUACUCGAUGCCCAACGGGGCGCAAGAACAGAUCAAGGAGGAGGGGAGCGGAGGAGAAAGUCAGGAGGAAUGGCAAUCUGAUAGUGAGGAGGAUGAAGAAGACGACAGCUCUGGUGAAGAGGAGGAGGAGGAAGAGGAGGAGGAAGUCGACCCUCCCUGCACUGAAAGACGAUCCAAGCUCACCCAUGACCCCGCAGUCGAGCGUGGCGAAGCGACUGUGCCCAUUGGGCAGUCGACGAAACACCCUCGGACGACCUCUCCGGCGCCGACUGAGAAAGUGUCGAAGCAACCUCGAGCGACGUCAUCAAAGCCGACGAAGGCCCUGCCGAAGAUGAAGAUGGUGAUUCCCACUAUUUCCGGUGCUGCUACCUCCGAGACCUCAGUUAGGAACGAGGACCAAGAAAUGGAAGAUGUUGCCACCUCCAACCUUGGUAUGAUCUAUGUAGUUUCGCUUUUGGUCGAUUAAAUCUUCAUCUUUAAUUUUGAAUCUUUCCUGUAGCCCCACCUCAUGUCAUUGACCUCCCUGAUGAUGACAAUGAGGAGCCACUGAGGCAGAGGAGGAACAAGAAGGCGCCUGUUGGCAAGACUGCUCAGGUUGUAUCAGCACCCAAGACGCUGGUUCCGGAGGGAGGCAACGUCACUCGGGCUACCGUGUCUUUUGCUAUGCCGCUGACGAGUGCUCGCCCUUCGUCGUCAAGUGCUGAUCCGCCUUCCCUUUUCGCCACACACCACGUCCCAGAGGACCAAGCUGGUGCUGCUAAGGAAGCUAUAUGCCAGGCGGGGGUUAUGAUGGAGCAGGUGAAGGCGA